AUGGAUGACGGCACCGUCGUCUCAACGCUCGAACGCGUCGUGAAGGAUACCCAAGCGCCCGCGACCCACAUCCCCGCCGACGAGGACUUCUUCACCGACGAGACGCGAACGAAGCCCAAUCUCGCGUAUCUGAAGAACCACUUCGUCAGGGAGGGACGACUGAGUGAGGAACAGGCUUUGUGGAUCUUGGAGAAGGGAACGGAGAUUUUGAAGACGGAGCCGAAUUUGUUAGAGGUUGAGGCGCCGGUUACGGUUUGUGGUGAUGUUCAUGGGCAGUUUUAUGAUUUGAUGAAGUUGUUUGAGGUUGGUGGAGAUCCAGCAAACACAAGAUAUCUCUUCUUGGGUGACUACGUCGACCGUGGAUACUUCUCCAUCGAAUGUGUUCUGUACUUGUGGUGUCUCAAGAUCCACUACCCAACAACCCUCUGGCUCCUCCGCGGAAACCACGAAUGCCGACACUUGACAGACUACUUCACCUUCAAACUUGAAUGCAAACACAAAUACUCCGAAUCCAUCUACGAAGCCUGUCUCGCCUCCUUCUGCUCCCUCCCCCUCGCCGCAGUCAUGAAUAAACAGUUCCUCUGCAUUCAUGGUGGACUGUCUCCCGAGUUGCAUACCCUCGAUGAUUUGAAGAAUUUGGACCGGUUUAGGGAGCCACCGACGCAUGGGUUGAUGUGUGAUUUGCUUUGGGCGGAUCCGCUUGAGGAGUUUGGGAGCGAGAAGGGGAACGAGUUUUUUGUGCAUAAUCACGUUAGAGGGUGUUCGUAUUUCUUUUCCUAUGCGGCUGCGUGUGCGUUUUUGGAGAGGAAUAACCUGUUGUCGAUUAUCCGGGCGCAUGAGGCUCAAGAUGCUGGGUAUCGCAUGUAUCGGAAGACGAAGACGACCGGGUUCCCAUCUGUGAUGACGAUUUUCUCGGCGCCAAACUACCUCGACGUCUACAACAACAAAGCCGCCGUGCUCAAAUACGAAAACAACGUCAUGAAUAUCCGACAAUUCAACUGCACGCCUCACCCCUAUUGGCUCCCCAACUUCAUGGACGUGUUUACGUGGUCUCUUCCAUUCGUUGGCGAGAAGGUUACGGACAUGCUCCUUGCCAUUCUCAACAUCUGCUCCAAAGAAGAAUUGGAAGAAGAGACACCUACCUCCGUCGGCCCCGCGACUCCCUCUUCUGAGGGCUUGACCCAAGCCGAACGCGACGAACGCCGCCGCGCAAUCAAAAACAAAAUCCUCGCAAUCGGGCGUAUCUCCCGCGUCUUCACCGUCCUCCGCUCCGAAUCCGAAUCCGUAAACGAACUCAAAUCACUCUCCGCAUCAUCGCGUCUUCCCGCCGGCACACUCAUGCUUGGCGCAGAAGGUCUCAAGAAGGCCAUUUCAAGUUUCGAUGAGGCUAGGAGACUGGAUUUGAAAAAUGAGAGGUUGCCGCCGAGUGGGGAGGAGGUGGAGAAAGUUAGGGAGGAGGCGUUGGAGGAGAGGGUUGCUGAGGCGGUUGCGGGGAGGGAUGAGAGGGUUGAGGGGAUUGCGAGGAGGUUGAGUAUGUGA